CGGGCAGCUCCCACGCUGUCCCCGCCCGGCCACGGGGCGGCAGGAGGGGCGGGGCUGUCAGGUGCCUCCCCCCCUGCAGUGCGUGGCGCUGCGGGCGCCAUCUUGAGCGGUGGCAGCAACGCCUCUCCCAGGGCCACCCCGAGUCGAUCCGGCGUCCCUGUGUCACCUGCUGGGACUGCUGUGUCCUCCCCGGGCUGUUCCCCCGCCUCCAGCCACGGAUGGGCCGCCUGUCGCGCUACCUGGCCCGGGGAGAGUACGGGCAGCUGCGGGACUGCCCGCUCUUCGAGAGCGACUUCCUGCAGGUGACCCGCAGCGGGGAGGCCGCCAGCCAGGUGACAGUGGCCAUUGCAGCCACCAGCCCCCUCCUCCCGCGCCCCGACCUCCUGCUGCUGGCGCGGCCGGUGCCGCCGUCACCCCCCGACCCCGAGGAGGAGCUGCAGCUGCUGGGGCUGCUGCCGCUGUCCUUGGUCCGUCUGUCCCUGCGCAGCCUCCAGCGUCACCAGCUGCGCGUGCGUCUAGUCACCGGCCGGACUUUCUACCUGCAGCUCCUGGCGCCCCCCCCGCGCCUCCCGCGCCUCUUCAGCCGCUGGCUCCGGCUCCUCUUCCUACUCCGGGAGGCCGGGGGGAGGCUCCCCCAAGACCCUCCCGGGGACGGGGCAGGGCUGGGGGAGCCUGAACCCCAAUAAAGGUGAAAGGGAGAUGGUGUGCCCCCCGCCCCCAGGGCUGGGACAAGACUUGACCCCCAGGAAGGACAGACAGACACGGCAGUGUCCCAAAAACAGGGCUCUUGACCCACUGUGCUGCAAAAGAGCCAGAUUCCGACCAUUGAGCCCAGAUGUUCAUUUUCUGACAAGAGUUAUCCCAGUCUGGAUGUCGGCUUGAAGCAGCAGCCCAGUGAUCCCAAAGUCAGGCUCAUUUAUACCAAAUGUGAUCACUCCACACCCCCUCAGGGCUGCCCCGCAGGGCUGAUGUUGACAACAUCUGCACACAAGAUAUGUCACACUGCUCAGCACACUGUACAGCACACUGCUCUUCCUAUGCACGUUCAGGGAGGAGGGGGCUUCUCCUUGGGGGAGCAGCCUUCGACCAGGAGCUGUGGCUUUGUAUUCAAAUGAUAUUAUAAUGAGCAAAGUUGUCUUUCAGUUAAGCACAUCCACAAGUGUGUCAUUAAUUGCUCAGGAGUCAAUUGACUGCUCCUGGCUGACGUAUCAGUUCCGGGACAGGCUUUGUUCUACAAUUAAAAGUUAAUUGCUGCUGGACAUCUCAUUUAUUAUUUGUUUAAUAUGAACUUUCUCAUGGGUCUCAUGGUCUCUUGGCCCAUCUGGCAACACCCACCCAGUCAGUGGGCCACCCCAUUGUCACCCCUCUCCCCCAGCCCAGGGGCCCUGCUCUGACCCCCAGUCCAUCAGUAGCCCCCCAGGAAGGACAGACGGACACAGGGAGGGGGGCACAGCCAGUGGGUGUCCCCCUUCCAGCCCUGGAUCCCCCCCCGGAAGGACAGAUGGAUGCAGGUGGGUGCAGCAGAAGCUGGGGGCUCUGUUUAUUGCAGGGGGCACCUCUGCCCCCCUCCUCCAGCCCUGGGUGGGGGGGGGAAAUCACAGGGUGUGCUGCACCCCCAAAAUGAAGCCACUCCAACUGAUCCCCCCCAAUAAAGCACAACCCCAAUUAAAGACACUCCCCAAUUUAACACAGCCCAGCAAAUUAAAUACAACCUUCAGUUAAAUACAGCCCCCCCAGUUAAAUACAACUGCAUAAUUAGACCUAAAGCCCUGAAUUAAACACAGCCCCCAAUUAAACGCCACCCUGAAAUUAGUCACAGCCCCCACAACUAAACACACAUUCCCAGAUUUAAACACACCCCAAAAUUAAACAUACACCCCCCAAUAAAGCACAGCCCCCCAGUUAAACACAUCCCAACUUAACUCCCCAAUUAACCCCUCCAAAGCUCCCUAAAUCACCCCCUUACCCCCCUGCCAACCUGCCUCAC